AUGUCAUCCUCACAUGAAAGACCAACACCUCAAGUGUCUGUUUGGCCUGAUGAUCAUGUAUUCAGAGGAGAAACUGUCAAUCUCACAUGUGUCAUCAAUGGAGGAGGAGUCAACAGCUGGCAGUACAGCUGGUAUAAAGAUUCAUCACUUUACAACAUCAGUGACCUUCAGAAUUACACAAUCAGAUUUGUUAAUGAGACUGACACCGGAAACUACACCUGUAUAGGAACAGCAACCAACAGACCACAAUCCUCAAACAUCAGUGAUGCAGUUUCACUGACAGUAUCAGAGAGUCCUCAACCUGUACUGAGUGUUGAUCCUGACAAACAGUUGUUCAGAGGAGAAACUGUUACUCUGAGAUGUGACAUACAGGAUACAGGAGACACUGAGUGGACAUACAGCUGGACUGUAGAGAAGACAAAUAACAGAAAUAUAAUCACACAAUGCAACACACAAGAGUGUAAAAUCAACAACAUUCAACCAUAUAACAGUGGUAAAUACACCUGUAGAGGAAAGAUACGUGAACAAAACACUGAGAUGAGUGAUGCUGUUACACUGACUGUAUCAUCAGAUAAACCACAGCCAGUUUUAAGUGUUUCUCCACAGCAGUGGUUGACUGAAGGAGAUUCAGUGACUCUGAUGUGUAGGGUUAAAUACUUCUCUACAGGCUGGACAUUCAGCUGGUUCACUGUACAGAUGAAUAGAGAUGUUAACUAUGAGCUGGUGUCAAACAGCAGUGGAGGAUCUAAAGGCAUCUACACAGUGAGUUCAGUGACUGUGAAGCACACAGGAGUUUAUAUGUGCAGAGCAGAGAGAGGAGAUCCAGUCUAUCACACAGAGUACAGUAACACACAAACACUGUGGAUCACUGGUGUUUCUCCUUCAGUCUCUCUGAUCAUCAGACCCAACAGAUCUCAACACUUCUCAUCUGAAUCUCUCUCUCUGAGCUGUGAGGAUCACAGUAACUCUACUGGUUGGACAGUGAGAAGAUACACAGACAAACUGAAACCUUGUUCAUCAUCAGACUGGAGAUCUACAAUAACAACAUCUACAUGUACAAUCAGAUCUCUCUACACAUCUGAUACUGGAGUGUACUGGUGUCAGUCUGAAUCUGGAGAGAUACUUCAUCCUGUUAAUAUCUCAGUACACAGUGAUGUGAUUUUGGACAGUCCUGUUAAUCCUGUGACUGAAGGAGAUAAUCUGACUCUGCACUGUUUAUAUCGACUUAACCGCCAAACUGAAUUUUAUAAAGAUGAAUCAGUCGUGCAGAGUCAGAAUAAAGACAACGUGAUGAUCAUCCCUACAGUCUCAAAGUCACAUGAGGGUUUCUACUACUGUAAACACCCAGAGAGAGGAGAGUCUCCAAAGAGCUGGAUCUCAGUCAGAGGUGAGAAAGCUCAUGUGAAGAUGUCUGGACUCAAAAUUUUAUUUUUUCUGCUGGCACUUUGUCCAUAUCUGAUAGCAACAGCCAUGCUGGUUUUUAAAUUCUACAGAUUGAAAGGUGAAACAUCUGAUUUUUUUAAGUUUUCCUCACUCAUCUGUUGA